GUGCAGAAGCACAGAACGAAACGAACGAACGCGAGGAGAGGAAGCGAGGCGAGACGACGAGACGAGAGAUAUUGUGUCGAGAAAAUAAGAUCGAACGAAGGAAAAAGUUGUUAAUCGAUCACAUUUGUAUAUGUGAGAAGUGCAGUACGUGCGGUGUGUUCAUAUCAUAUUGAAGACACACGUGUGAAACUGAGAUUUGGUUCUAAUAUCCGGCUGGUUUGAUAGCAUAUCUCGUUGUCGAGUUGUAAUCGGAAAGAAGGGAACGUUUCAUCGUUGUGCUCUGCAUUCAUACACGAGAUAUCGUCGUAUGAACAGAAAAAAAAGUGUGUGUACGUGAAGAGCGAAAAAAAAAAAAUUAAUUUCUGUGGAUUUUUAGAGAGAGUGAGAAAGAAAAAACUUCAUCGUCGAAUUUUUUUUUUCUUUCGUGGCGUGUGCAUUUAUAUAGAUCGAAAACAAUCAAAGAAGAAGACGCAUCCACAGAGACAGGCACGCAAAACAAUCCAGGCGCUUGCUUUAUCAUCACACAUACACACCCACACAUACACUACAUAGGACAUACACACACCCACUCACACAUCCUCGACGCACGUAUAAACGCAGAGCUUUUUUUGGACAAUAUAACAAUAUCAUCGACGUCUACGUGCUCUGUGUGCUCAAGAACAUUAUACGUGUGUGCGAGUGCGAUUGUGUGCGUCUGCUGCAGCAUCGUAUAUACAAUCCAACGUUUAUAUACAUAUAACACGCAAAGCGAAACAUCGCGCAGCCAUCUUGCCGUGCAAAUACAUCGUUGUGUGCGUCGAGUAUAUAGCCACUAAUACACACAUAGCGUCUACAGCUCUCUCAUCUAGCGCGUCGGUGUGCGUGCGUGCGAUUUCCUGCCUGCUCGGAGCAUAAAAAGCUAAAAAACUGGCUUACGCGUGGAAUAUCGCUGAAAUCGACUCAAUGCUCCACCAAAGUCUGCCACAAAAUCAAUACAUGAGGAUCAGGCAGAACCAAUAUUGGAAGCGCAACAGUUAGCAGUUAUCGAAUAAAGGCAACUCCUCCAACGCUUGUUAAGGUGGUCAACUAAGUUUUGGCUCAUCGAAAAAAAUCAAGUUUCGAGAAACGAGAGCUCGAAGAAAAAUAGUUUCGGAAUCGUCAAAUUUUAAUUUCACGCAUCAUCCGUCACAAUGACUAAUUCAACGCCAAAGAAUAAUCUGGCCCGCAAAAGUAUUGCGCAGGACAAGAGCGGAAGAAAAUAUCAGCGCAGUCCUAAACAAUUCGUUAAGACUGCGACGUUCUUCUCCUCGAAGAAGAGCAAGGAUCUGUCCAGCUUACCUAACUCGCCGCACAGCAGCCGUUGUAGCAGCUGUAGCAGCUCAGACGAGAUGGAUUCACCCACUAAAUUUAGUACACCUACUAAAUUCAGUACCCCUGCCAAGUUUGGUACUCCUGAAAAGUUUAUCACCCCUGUGAAAAAUUCAACGCUGGACGACUCUGGAAUAUAUAGCGCAUCUUCAUCUCCGAUUUCGAGUCCAACUCCAAGUCUAAUUAACAGCUAUUUUGCUGGGGCUAAAUUUGCUAAUUCUCCAUCAACCGAGAAUUUACCAUUACCACCUCAACGUUGGGUUGCAUUAAGUUGCAAAAAACAACUGGACUCUGAAAUGUGUAAUGUCUCUGGACUGUCUAAUACUGAUUUCCUCAAACACGUUUUGAAGAUCAAUGCUUGAUACUCUUUAGUAUCGAUGACAUUGCCUAACAAGCAUCCAUUAGUUGUGUAAGUUGGAUAAGAGAGUGUAGAAGUGAAAAAUUAAAGUGAUAAAGUAGAUUUAUAGUGUACGCCGGCGUUAUUAUCCAGAAUACAAAGACACCACCGAUACUCAAGUAGCUGCUCUGCGAGAUAGCUGCUGCAUCAUUAGAAGUUACAGUGUUGCGCAUUUUUACUUUGACUGAUUGUAUUAUUUGCAAAAUGUGUGUGAUAUUUGUAUUAUACAAAAAUGAAAGACAAUGCACAGUUCUACCAUCAAAUAUGGUGCGUUAGGUGAAAUAAUUUUGCCUGUUAACACUGAGUGAUUAACUAUGCGCAGUUUUUAAGUUUAAAGUUAAUUUUGUUUUGAGUAUACUUGAUGAUAAUGAAGAUUCAAUGAAGAGAAACAAUGGAGUGCUGGAAAAGAAGAAAGAAGAAGAGAAAUCCAUCCUCGGGCGCUGUUUGUCAUCUAAGCUUGGAGCAUAUAAGUGCCGUUGUCACCCACACACCAGUCGAAAACUUCAAUCUGCACGAGAGCUCGAUAAGUUAUUACCGAUUGGCCUUUUUUUCGAGACGUUCCCAGACUGACAGCUGCUGCUGCUGCCCUGUGUGUGCAUUACCUGCCGAAUCCCGAAAGCGUCGCCAUCCAUCCAUCCAUCCAUUCGACCGGAGCUAAAGGAGAGGAUGUAUCGCGUGUAAAUAUUGGCCAACAAAGGUAUUAUACGCCUGGGAACGAAAUUCAGGCAGUCGUAGGUAUUCUCUCUCGUUUGAGAUUUCAAUGACAGAGCCUUGAAAAAUAUCACAUCCUGAAAAAUCAUCCAUAAACUUACGAAUUUAUUGCGUUUAAAAAUAAAAAAUGUUGUUUAUCCUUGUUUUUCAGUUAUUCUCAUAAGUUCUCGCAUCUUGGCCUCUUCUCUAUCCAGCUCAGAGAGCCGGCCUCGCCGCAGUAGCAGCAGCAGCAGCAGACACAGCAGCGGCAGUCGCAGUCAGUCACGCUUUUCUAUAAAAUCCGAGGAGGAGAGAGAGAAAGAGAGACAAAGACGACCCACUUGUAUAGUACACGUAGACGUGUGUAUCGAGGCCUAUACCUAUAUACUACAAGCCGUCGAGCGAAGUAAAGUGGGUUCUCAUGAAGCCUGGUAUACUACUACCUAUACGCGCUGUAUGUACGCGAACUCUCGAUGCAACAGCGGUGCGGCAUACAUUCACCAGAUCGCCUGGUUUCACACACCGCCGCUCGUACAUAACACAACGAGAGACAGAAAAAAAAUGGCGAAGAAAAAAACCGAACGAGCCAACCUUGUUUUGAGGGAAAAGAAGUUAUACGUAUACGCGUGUGUGACUCACUUCCAUUAAGAGUCGCGCAGCUGCUCUUCGCGGACUAGUCUUCCUUGCGGCAGCCGCGAGUCGUACCUUUUAUACGUGACGUAGUUUCCAGUCCAUAAUAUAUCCGAAAUACCCGGUAUAUAAAGACGGAUACAAAUUUCCCGGGGUCAUCCGCGUAUAAUUCAUUUUUUAUACUUCGUAUUUUUUACUUCAACUUCCAAUGCGUCCAUUCUUUCCUUCUCUCUUGUCUCUCCGCGAAAUAAAAGUCCGCGUAUGCAUGAGUGUUGAAAUUUUUCGCCGUACCCAUAUAAUCAAAAAUGUUGUACACGCACAUUCGAAAGUCUAAUUUUGUAUCAUAGCUCAAGUUAUAUUAUAGUUGCCACGUCGCAGAGAUCCAUCGCUCGCUUCGCGUCGCUCGCGCUAAGUUUUCUGUGUGCGAGCCGCAUGCACUUAAACGAUCUCGGUCAAACGUUCAUUGACUCUAAUCGCGAAAGAGAGAGAGAAAGAAAGAAGGACUGAGAUAGAGCUAUAUACAUUACACAAAUACACACAGCGAGAGAGCCGCAGCAGUACCGAGUGCAAAAGAGCACGGAGUUGUUUUUCUGUGAUAAUAAUACAUAUGUUGAGUAUUUGCUGUGACGUCGUCUGUACAAUUCGUAUUGUUUUUUUAUAUACUUUGUAAUUAUACAUGUGCACAUUGUUUCGUGCUUACAAAUUCUCCGUGAUGAAAAAGAACGAAUUAAAAACGAAUAAAGAAAUUAUUUUUUGCAAACAA